UUAAAUGAGCUCAUUUCUUCCAUUUGAUUAAUUCGCUUCCUUGUUUCUAUUUCUAUCAAACAUCACAUGAAGCAGGAACUUCGAAGUGACCGUGCAGUUGCAGAAACACCGAUGAGAAUAUGGAUGAGACAUGCAGCUCAUGAGUUAAGAUGAUGUUCCAUCAGCGGCGUGCUGGCCUCUAGUGGCUUUGUGGUAAAUGACCACCAAGAGAUAUUCUUUGGGAACACAAGGAGCGCUCAGUUUGUGGGACUUUGGUGUCAAAAUGAUUCUCCGGGAGACAAUAUGGCCGACAUCUUUACCAUAAAGAAACACUUUGAAGGCUGUGUUUCAUUACUGAGCUUCUGGAUCAACAUAAUUAUUGUUAUUUUCACUUAAAUCUGAAAUAAUCUUAGUUUAUUAGUUAUUAUUAGUAGUAUUGAUCCACGGAGGAAGAGUGUGCAGCACACACCACUGUACACAGGUGAGGCUGAGGUGGACAGGGGGAGCGAGGAUCUCCCCUGGUCUCUCAACACACGACAGAACACCAAGACGUCCCAGCAGCGUCAUCCAAAACUCAGCGUGUGAUACAACCUGCACAUCGCAGGAGCAGCCUUCCCCUCACUCCAGGACAUGUACACCUCCAGGGUCACCAGGAGAGCCCACAACAUCAUCAGGGACAGCACACACCCCCGGCACAGACUCUUCACUCUCCUCCAUCAGGCCGGCGCUACAGGAGUCUGAACUCCAGGACCACGAGACUGACAAACAGUUUCUACCCGCAGGCCAUCAGGCUGGUGAACAUGCCCCCCCCCCGCCCCAACUGAUUGAACUGUGAACACAACUUGAACUAUGCAUGCUGCACUUUGUUGUUGUCGCCUUAUUUGUGCAAUAUUUAAAAUUUCACAGCACGAACACUUUAUAAAUAUCUUGAACCAAACAGAAGCACGAUGGGACGUCAGAGAGAGAAACCAGACAAAGGGGCGACCUGAUGUUAAUGUGGUUUAUAUAUGUGUUGCGUGUAUAUGCGUGUGUGUUCAGGGCUUAAGCAUUUGUGUAGAGCACAAUGUGCCUACAGGAAGCUUCACCACAGUCCACCUCUGCUGCUUCCUGCUCACUGGAGUCGUUAGUUCAGACGUCUACAUCAAGAUGAAGACCCUGUGUCUGAUUGUGCUUUUUCACGCGAGUCUGCAGCUGCAGUGUGAUAAAACGAGCAUCACGGCACAUAUUGGAGAUGAACUCAUUCUCACCUGCAAGUAUGACACAUACCUGUACAGUAAAAAGUACUGGUGCCGAGGAGACUCCAGAACAACCUGUGAGACUUUGGUAGAUUCAGAAAGUAAAACUAGCAAAACACACAGGACUCAGAUAAUAGAUGCAAGACGGAGAGGGCUGGUGGUGAGAGUCACAGACCUGCAGAUCGAGGACACUGGACUGUACUGGGUCGGGAUUGACAAGAUAUAUGCUGACAUCAUGACUUCAGUUAAAGUGGUCAUCACUGAAGUCCCAGUGUCUACGCCCAGGCUUCAGCCUCUGACUUCUCUGGUGGACCGGCCAACAUGUCGGGGGCAGCCAGUGACGGUGCGCUGCGAUUGUGCAAAGGGCACUGCCGUCCGUUACGCCUGGUACCAACACACACACCGCGGGGAUUUUCUGCUUCACCGGUCGGCACACUUCCACCUGCACUGCGGCACAGUGGGAACGGACAGCCAGUAUUACUGUAAUGCCAGUAAUGCUGUGAGCAGUCAGAGGAGCGAGAGUCUGUCUGUGCAGGUUCUCCGGCCUGCAGACAGAAGCUGCAUCUAUGUUGUUCACAUGCGAGGCCAACCCCUUUACGACUGCGCCGACAGACUGAGCACCACCACGGACAUUACUCCACCUCCCACUUCCUGCCAAGCUACGGAGAAAAUCCACUCUGACACAAGAAAGCUAACCAAUCAGACUGAUGAAGAUCUGCUUUCCACCAGAACGUGGACAGGAGUGCCGUUUUGGUACACAUUUCUGCGUUGGGGUUGUUUUGCGUCCUUAUUGAUAUUUCUGUGCGUGUUUCUCACAUGUGCAGAAGUGAGACACAAACGUGCCACGAGGAAGAGG